CCCCAGAGUAAGCAGGAGAUCCACCGGCGCUCCGCGCGCCUGAGGAACACCAAGUACAAGUCUGCGCCCGCCGCGGAGAAGAAGGUUUCCACGAAGGGCAAGGGGAGGAGGCACAUCUUCAAGUUAAAAAACCCCAUCAAGGCUCCUGAGUCUGUAUCCACUAUAAUUACAGCCGAAUCAAUCUUUUAUAAGGGAGUAUACUAUCAAAUAGGAGAUGUUGUUUCAGUGGUUGAUGAGCAGGAUGGAAAAACAUAUUACGCUCAGAUCCGUGGGUUUAUUCAGGACCAAUACUGUGAAAAGAGUGCUGCGCUAACCUGGCUCAUUCCUACGCAAGCUAGCCCCAAAGAUUGUUUUGACCCAGCCUCUUAUAUCAUAGGACCGGAGGAAGAUCUCCCAAGGAAAAUGGAAUAUUUAGAAUUUGUUUGUCAUGCACCUUCAGAAUAUUUCAAAUCUCGAUCAUCUCCCUUCCCUACUGUUCCUACAAGACCAGAGAAGGGCUAUAUAUGGACUCAUGUGGGACCUACUCCUGCAAUCUCUAUUAAAGAAACUGUUACCAAUAAUUUAUAGUUUUUUUAAGGAAUACUUUGGACGAGUUAUUUUGGGUGUGUUCCCAGGUCUGCGAACCUCAUACAAGAAGUUUUAAAAAAUUAUAAAAUGUUCAUUUUACAUUAUGGAUUAUGGUAUUUAUUUAUUAUUUAAAUUAUAUCAGAUCUUUAAAGUGGAAGUUUACUUUCCAUUUGAUGCGUCAUUUCUCUGCUCUGUUCUUCAGACAUCAUUGCUUAUUUUGGGACAAAACCACAAGUUGCAUGUCAUC